UAUGAACCUCAUCUCUGCUACUUGGUGAAUACUUUUAUUAUCUGGCUGAGGUUUUCUAAGGCAAAAUGAAUGCUUAUAUUGUUGAAGAAGUGUCAGCUGAAAGAAAAGAUGAAUGAGACUUUGCGGUCACUGGUUGUACAGCUUUUUCAAAGGAGGGAUGGAAAUGGGGAAGGAUGGAAUAUUUUUUACUAUAAUGUAGUUGUUGUUGUUGAUCAUACUUUGGAAGUGAAAGAAAGGAAAUCAAACAAAUGGGUUGUUGGAAAUCAUCAGUAUUCUGCAGCUCCAUCCAUAUCCAGAGGAGUGAAAGAUCAAAGAGGAUACCGAUGCAAACUACCACAGAAGCAUCCUGCUCUUUGUAAAUGCCAAAUGGAUGAAAUCAGACGGACCACUGACGACAACAUGGUGUGAGUGCUCGGACAUAGCAUUUCCCUUCCUGAAAUUUUAUGUCGUGGUACAUAAAAUUUACAAAGGCACACAUAUCCUGUACGUUUUAUUCAUACUGGUUAAUACAAAUUGUAAUACACCAACAUUUUUUCAAAGGUAAAGGUAACAUUGUAAUUAAAUUACAUUAAAUAUUUGGGUCCACGCCCACCCUCGGGGAACUCCAGAACAACAAGCUCUUCUGCCCCUGCCAAUUAAUAGAACUAACAAUUUUGCUUGAAACCUAACUUGAGUUUGAAAAACAUAUAUGGAUGAACUAGUAGUAUAUGCACAGACAUAAGGAGAAAGAUUUACGUUGCAUGGAAUGGUAUAAACGUAUAUGCUUAAACGGAAAACAUCAGAAACAAUUACUUCCAUUUAUAUAACUCAAACCCAAAUUAAAGAAAAAAAUCAUAUAAUAUCUACCCUGAAAUGGAGAAAGAUUGGC